AAAAAUGUGUGGUAUAUUGUGUGUGUAUUGAACUGGUCGACCAUGUGAGAGCUGAGCAGGCGAUAUUAUUGCUAUACAGAAAAAAAGAGGCACGAGCCUCCGCGCCAAGAUGUACUCGCUGCAUGUGUGCUCAACUGAGUUCUGUGUUAUAAAAAAAGGCCAGAGCCCAAAGCAUUGAAACGUAUGACGGGUUUAUUGUAAUUACAUAGAACUCUAUUACGACCACGGGAAGGAUCUGGAGAAGAUUUUAGUCCAAGAACUGCUCUGGGCUUGCUUAUAAGAGCACUUAGAGUUUAGCACUAACGAACACGAUAGAAUCAGACUUUGUAGACCACGAUUGGGUAGUUCCAGAAGCAAUGGAAGAAGAAGAACAACUAGACGGCGACCAGCAAGUUUUCGCAGCCGAAGAGUUAAAACAGAAGCGAGUGAGAAAGGGGAAAGUCGAAUACUUGGUAAAAUGGAAAGGAUGGACACCAAAACACAAUACUUGGGAACCAGAAGAAAACAUACUUGAUGAACGACUCGUCCGCCUUUUCGAAUCCAGAGUUGAAAAGAAAACAUCUCCACAACAAGCACAAAAACCAGGCAGAAAACCGGGAAGAAGAAAGUCGACUACCGAUGUCGUUGAAGUUCUCAGCAUGCCCAGAUCCCCUGGACGAUCGUCAGGACGACCUCCCAUGUUCCGCUCUCGUGGUCGUGGUCGUGGUAGAGGUCGAGGUAGAGGUCGUGGAAGUGCCAUUGUACUGGGUGGUGGUAAUCGUAUCAGCACUCUUGGACGCGGUCGAGGACGAGUAGGACGGAUUGGGCGAGGGCGUGGACGAGGAGGGCACAACUUGAAGAGAACGGAGAGUCUUCCCGAGGGUGUUACAUCGUUCCCCGUGGUCGGACAGAGUCCUAGGGUCGACGUCAAUUCAAACUCCACCUCGUUCUUCUUCAAAGACGAUAUGCUCAACACGAGUAAUAAUGAGGAUGGCGACGAUGAAGACGAGGAUGAAGUGGAUGGUGACGAGGAAGAGGAAAUGGAAGAGGAGUAUCCCCGUUUUGAUUCUGUAACCGAAACAGAGGAUGACAUCAUUAACCCUGAAUCACCUACUAUUGAUGUCGAAUCACUUACAACAGAUAUUAGCUCUUCUGUUUCGACUCAAGAAGUGGUUCCGAGCGAGGAAUUUAUUCCAACUGUUCAACCUCCCCCGAAGAAGAUGGCUAGGAAAGCACCGAAAGAACCGUCAAAAGCCUCUGGUAAGAAAUCAAAAGAAGGUAAACGUGACUUUGAACACAAUUUGAGUGAGUUUGCCGCCAAGCCUAGCCCGCCCCCACUGCCAGCAUCAGCCAGCCUGUGGAAGCCCAGACAGUCGCUGUUGCCAGCGGGAGAGGUCCUCAUAACGGACGUUACUGCUUCCGAUGUUACCAUAACGGUGAGAGAAUGCUGCACCAGCCAAGGCUUUUUCCGGGAGCCUAAACCCAAAGUCGAAGGUACAUCCACCACAUCCGCUAAUGGCAAUGUCAAUUCGAAGGAUGCAUUGACGAGUUCGUUGCCAGUAUCCACAACGAGUUCGACGACAAACAUCGACGGCGAAGUCACUACUCCAAGAGAUAGUCCUGACGUGGUGACGAGUAUGGACGUGGACGUUAAAUUGGAGAGCAAUGGCCCAUUGGAAGCCGACACACCCUCUUUUGAAAUUUCCAACACGUAAUUUUUACAAAUUUUCACCCGUUUGAAGAGAACUUAAGGGACAUAUGGGACUUUGCUAGAAAUUGCCUUCAACAUUUUCUUGGAAUAUAGUUUUGCGAGGGGAAAGAAGUGCCAUAUAUGAUUUCAUGGAGAUACUGCUAAUGAACAUUCUGUGCUGAUUUAAUAAUCAUUCGUCUGACUCGUAGGAGCUCAGUGAUUUGUUAUGUUUUCCUACAUUGUGUUUUAGUCUAGAUAAGGAUGCAUGAACAUGAUGAAUACUGUUUAACAAAUAAUUUUCAAAUAAUUAUUUAUUCACACUAUUAUGAAGGAAAGAAAGGAAUAAGGCCAGUCAUUUAAUGCAGAAAAGGAAUGUAUUUCAGGAAGAAUAUUUAAUUCAGAAUUAGUCACGUUAUUUCAUGUCAUAAUCGAGAAGCCUCGGUGAAUUUACUUUAUGAAACAUGACUUAAAAAGAAUGAUGAUUGAUGACUCCAUUGAUUUUAGAAUUACGUCUCUAUAAAGUGAAGAUGUCUCCUCAACACGUGGAAAUUCAAAAUUUAAUUUGGUACUGGAGAUAUCAAGCAUUAAAUAUUCUUAUUUAUAUAUCUGUGUUUUAUUACUCAUAAUGAUACUUCCAUUAGCGAUUUAAUACCUGUCUAUUAAAAAGUCAUGGAGAAAAAACAGAACCUGUUCAAUUAAAAAUGAAAUUGUAAUGCCAGAGAAAAGAGGUUUCCCAAAAUAUUGCAAGGAUGUAAUAUAGGACUUGUUUUCCCAUAAUUAGUUACCCAGAAUUUUCUGAAGGAAUGAAAAAUAAAAACUUAGUUCAUGAAGAUUUUUUUUACAAAGAAUGUAUUUUCUUUUGAGGAAAAUCAGUGAUUGAACAUAAUAAUGCAAAAGAUGAUCAGGGUUCCAUUAAAAAUUACAAGAUAUGUAUUUUUCUUUUACAUUUUGGACUCAAACAACUCAUACUUAUGGUCAAAUCAUUAUAUUCAUUUUGAUUAAACGUGUUAUUACGAAACCUAUGAGAAUUCGGCCAACUAUCAUCCAUUUGCCCUGCCGGACAAACGCAUCCAAGCUUCAUAAUUAUGAUUCAUCAUGAUUAUAGUUAUCCUAUGAAUUAACAAAAUAUGAAUUAAUUCAAAAUAUGAUAUUGCGA